AUGUGGGGCAAAGUGGAGGAUUUAAUCAAAGCCCUCCAGCCGCCAUUCGGAGAUAUGUCCGUCGUGCAAAGUUCCAGCUCCCGAGGGACAACAGGACAGAGCAGUCCCAGUCAGUCCACUCAGGUGCUGCUCACCAACGAAUUCACCAAGACGCUGACCAGAGGCAGUCCGCGCUUCGGGGCCUUGAGCCAUCACUCAUUCUUCUCACGGCACAACCCUCAUCCAAACAGGGUGAGGCAUAUCCAAGGACUUAAUGGGAGACCUGUCUGCAUGGUGAGAGAUGAUUGGUUUGUCACCUCGUCAUUAUUUCCUCAUCCACUUCUCAAGAGCCACGUCCUCAGGAAAGUGGCCGACACUCCUUUUGAUUUCCCACUCAAUCAGAGUCUAAAUGGAGUCGGCAGUUACAGAAACAAAUCAGCCCUGUUUUCAGAGGCCUGGAGGGAUGAACUCAAAGAGCUCGCUGCUAAAGUCAGCUUGUCUCCUCGAGCACAGAGGGACAAACGAGAGGAGCCACCAGAAGAAGAAUUGGUCCGUCGCAAGACCCAAUAUUCGGCUGACACUGGGAGAAUCAUCCCUCUGCCCACGAAGUCUUACCAGCGCAGAUCUGUCUCCCAGCGCCUGCUCUUUCCUCAGCCCUUCCAUGAUCAAGAACUCACGGUGUUGGAGCUGCUUUGUCAGAUCCUGCAAACAGACUCUCUCUCCACGGUCCAGCAGUGGCUUCUGCUCGCAGGACAAAGAGAGAAAGACCUGGUGAUGGGGAUGAUCAAACAAGCUCUGGACGGCGUCGACCACUCGGCCCACCACCAGCCGAGCCUCCAUCCGCUCCAGGCUUCUCAUCCCGGCACAUCACCAUCGGUGUACGAUGCAAAGUUCGAGCAGCCGUGGAGAACACCGCAAACAACGUGCUCACUCAGGAUGAACCGAACCUUCAGUGAUGACAAACCAGUGAGUGUCGGGGGUGCGGAGGUGCUCGAAGUCCACCCCGGAGCUCAGAGUCCUCCUCAAGGUCGUCCUAGCCUCCAGCGCAUGGAGAGCGUGUAG